AACACCCUGCCCAGUGGCCAUGUAUCCAACAGUGGACUCGAGCGUUCGCUGUCCUUUCAGUCGAAUGGAGUAUUGAAUCGAUUGGAUGGUGGAGAAACUGCUGCUGCUGCUGCUGCUAGUGGAGCCUGUCGUGGUACAAUCGGUUAUCCGGCCGCCACCAGUCAGGCCCGUUUAGGAGGACGGGGAGGAAACACAUGCACGACUCAAUCCCUGCGACAACUGGACGAACGAGUAUCCUCCGCGUCGUUGCAUGAUCUGAUCGAACUGCUCAAGUACACGCCGUCCAAGAAACACCGAACCUUUUCUAAUGACGCACUGAACAAGUAUGCUGGUGGCAGUUCCAAGAAGUAUGGUGCUGGUGCUGUUAGUGGGGGAUUGGGCAAAAAGUCGUUGCCCGAAAUCAAUCCGUCUUUGAACAAUAUUGAUGAAUAUAUCUCCGAUUAUGAUAUCGGCAUGAAGGCGACUGCUGGCACCGGUGGUGGUAUGGGUGCCGCCCUGUCGACGGGCACCAUGGCGAAAUCUUCUUUGGCUACUAUCGCUGGAGACUGUAAGAUAGCGGCCGCAGAGAUUGCUUUCAAGAAUGGAGGGCACGCAGCGGUUGCAGUCGAUAAACCAUUUCGAAAGUUGUACAAGUCUACAUCCGAUGAUGGACGAGUCUAUGAGCUACCGAAGUUGCUUGUGCGAGAAGAUUCGCCGGUUGAGUCGUUCCUCGGUUCCUACUCACAACUGGAAACGGUUGCAUUGCGUGGCGAUUCUCCGAAAGCUGGCUUCACAUCUUCAGCUAGUCUGAAAGAAAGUGGAGGUGCCCACUCCGACGACGUUACUACCGUCUCGAGUAACGCCGCCCCGAAAGUUGCCGGCAAGAGUUUGCUGGAAGUCAACUUACCACCAGCGAGUAUCGGUGGCGAGAUCGAUGAGAUUACAGCAGAUGAAAAACUGGCUUCAGAAUCGUUGCUUCAACUGGCCCAGCUAGCGGUAGAUAGCCGAUCGAACAAUAAUGGUAACAGUGAUGGUGCUCUUCCUUCUUCUACGAUCGGCGGCGGCACCCCUUUGCAUGGAACUUCCCUUUUCGGCAACGACACCGGUGCUCACACAUCACUGUUGGCCACGAAUAACGGUGGAGCUGGCACUGGCGCGGCCACUUGGUGUCAUCACUGGAACAACAAUCGACAGAACAGCUUCCCCUUUGCUCCUCAACAACAGCCACAACAGCAGUACUCACGCUACCAUUCGGAGCUUGGCAUAAAUGAGCUCGAGCUUAAGUUUGUUCAUCCAUCGGAUCUGCAGAGGAUGUCGGCAGAUACGGUGAUGGAGCACCGCGUGGAACGUAUAGCGAACCCAAACAAUAGCAUAAAUAACAAUAAUAAUAAUUACAGCGAUCACCAAAGUAGCAACAGUGCGGUAGGUGCUGAUGCUGCCGACCCGCCAGUGAUUGCUAGUGAUAGUACGAAUGUGAUAAAGCUACCCGUCAUCUGUCCCGGUUUGGAGUUAAACACCGAAUGUUGGCUUCAAAUGACGGCAGACGAUGCGAUUCGCUUCGGUGCUGAAGAUGAUGAUGAGGAGGACGAGGAUGACGAUGAGGAUGAAGAUGAGGACGAAGAGGAUGACGAUGAAGAGGAGGAAGACGAAGAAGACGAGCUGAGACGGGAAGCAUGUGUGGAAGAGGAUGAAGUUGGUGUGAGCGCGGAAGAGGAAGAGGCACGGGAACGCAUCUCGUCGUCCUCCUGCUCGUCCAUUCGCCGGCCCCGUGCAACGUCCAAUUCUACGAGCUUCAUUCACAGCCACCUGUCCAUCUCCUCCGAUGAGGACGAUCUGUUCAGCGUGGCUGAGCUCGGCGGCGGUGGCAGUGGUGAGCGAGGAGAAGGAACCGUCGGUGGACGAUCCUCUUCAACGAACACCCGGUAUUACAAGGCCGUUGGUAGCAAAUCGAAAUCGAUCGAUCUGAACGAGUUUCGUAAGGCCUUCGGUAGCAGUCCCACGCUGCUCAAUGCGUUCGGCGCCGCAACGACCAGCUACGGACGUCUAGUGCCACAGCUUUCGCGUCUCGAAACCGUACCCUCACAGUAUCGCCGUGGUUACACAAACCUCAACGAUGCCUGUCUUUCAAGCUCGACAUCCGAGCUAGAGUGCGUCAGCAAUGGGGCAGCAGCGUCUGCGGCGAAGAAGAAGCUAACGACGUUGCUGCCACCGGAUGGUACUAGCGAGAUGUCACCAUUGUUGAAGCAUCGUACCAACGAGCACAUCGCUUAUGUGCGGAGCAAUGAGAAUUUGAAUCGUUAUAAGGCCCUCUUCGCUGCAACGGCACCAUCCGCGGCGGGUGCCGCCUCACGGCGACGCAGUGGAGGUGAUGGUCACCAGCAGAAUCCACAGCAGCAGCACCGUCGCAGUGAAACUAGUAACAGUGGUGAUGCAUUAUAUCUGCGACAGCGACAGCAAUCGCUUAGCGGAGUUGGUAGUCGCCAUUUGCCAAGCAUUCGGGACCAUUUGGCCAGCAUAGCGGAUUCGGCGGAGCUGGCUAACACCAGUAGCAACACGAGCAAUAGUACGGCGAGCUCGAAUCUGUAUGAUGAUGAUAUCGGAGGUGGUGGUGGUGGUGGUGUGGGACGUUGCUUCACCGUUGGUGGUGACUUCGAGUGUCGCUUCUCGAGACUCAGCUGCUGCUCAGCAGGUGCAGCAGCAGAUGGUGGAACCGAUGCCUCCAAAUCGCUUCUACCACGGUCGGACUGCAGUCAUCACCACCAGCGAGUGGUGGAAGAUAACAACCAACGUAUGCUGUUUGGCGGUCCAAUCGAAGGUACUGGAAAUGGAAGCUCGACGCCAUUGCGCCGUCCAUCGGACUAUUACUUUCCGUCGGACGAGAGUCUUUUCAACAUGGAUUCAUUUUUUGAUGAUUUCGUCGAGCUGGAUACUAGCGAUAUUUUUGAUAGUGCUGAGUUCAUCAACAUCAAUGCACCGAGCUCGCGUCACACGCAGCAGCACCAUCACAGUCAACAGCACCAGCACCUGCACCAUUAUCCGAGUACGAGGAAAAGUGUUUCCAGUUCCGGUCUCUCACUACCCGACAUACUGCAUCAGCAGCAAAGCUACGGUGAUGCUACGCAAACCUACGAGUACCUGCUAUCGAAGGACCACCAUCAGCAGCACGGUCCUAUGCUGAUGAACAACGUUCCGUCGCACCAUCAUAAUAACAAAGUGGCUGACGGAACCAAGCCCACCUUCCACGCUACCAACCAUUGUGGCGAUGGCGAGAUAGUACAGAUCUCCUCGCGUAGUCGCACCCUGAUGCAUCAUGCUUUCAGUGACCACCGUGUUGGUAAUGGUGAUGGUAGCACGAACGGCGACGCAGAGGACGACGAAGAUGAGUCGGGUAUCGCUUCCAUCAUCCAGCACAUCGACCGAGAGCAGCUAUGUGAAACUGGAUCAGCAGCUACUACCACAACGGCCACCGCUACCAUCAGCAGCACUACGACGACGGUCGUCGAUGAGGGCAGAAGAUCUGCCGGGCAGCGACAUCAGCCUAAGCUACGUACGACCUAUGAACGUAAACCAUCGGCAUCCUCUUCGCCGGGCAUAUUGACGUUCCCCGCUGAACCAAGCGCCGUAAAUGCCGGGGAAGAGGCAGGAGGAAAUAGGGCAACUGGUGUAGGUUACGAUGCAGCGCAAGAGCAACAUUCAACAGAGCAGAUCAAAUCGAAGAAGCUCCGAUGCGCCCAAUGCAACAAGAAGCUCGGCGUUAUCAUGAUCAUGAAGUGUCAUUGCGAGAAGAUCUUUUGUGCGCAGCACCGAUAUGCCGAGGCUCACAAUUGUUCGUAUGAUUUCAAGUUACAAGGGCGCAAACUGCUGGAGCGUGAAAAUCCGCUCGUUGUCGCAGAAAAGUUGCCGAAAAUAUAAAGAACUAAAAACAUGCCAGCCGUGACGGUACCCAAUGGCGUAGUCUAGUAAGAGAAUGGCCGUUACAUCGCGAUAGGCGUUACUAUUUUAUUGGGGUUUGAUUUAGUAUGUUUCACUAUUUGCAUUACAAAUAACAAUUUAUUAUUGGAACUUACUUAUAAGGAGCAUUGAUUUUCGGAAGUUGUUUGAUUCUUAAUUUUUCAGCUUUGCAGAUAUUAAUCAACCAGCGUCUAGCUAGCUUUUAACCUGUACACAUAUUCUACUGAGCGGCUAGGACUUUCGUGUGCCCUUGAUUGAUUGUGCGCUUUUUCUUUUCAAUAAUUUCGAUGCUUGUACAGAUAGUCUUUUGGUCAUUUAUCAGCUGUUUUAAUUUUUGUUUUAUCAGCUAACAGUUUGGCUAGCGCCUGGGAUCAAAAGGAACAGUAAAGACAAACAUUACUUAUAAAGAUAGAGCGGAUCAUAACGUUGGCCACCCAAAAAUGGUUCCUUGUGUCAGAAGGAUUCAAUGUAAUUGGUGCAAAGGUAUGACGUAUGACGGCAGGGGUGGCAUCCCAAUUCGCCUCUGUCCUAAAGAGAAAGACUGUAUUUAAUAAUAGUUCUUAGGCGGCUUUUGUUACCAAUACCGUAGCUAGGACAUAGCUAGGGCCUAGCCUGCUUCGGCAUUGCUGCAUAUGCGUGCGUUGCGCUAAGGAUACGUGGCGAUGCGCAAUAUACACCCUUUUUUUUACUUGAAAAAAAAAACAAAAAAUCGCUGUAGAAUAUGAAAGCGAUAUGAUGGAAGAUUAGGCGAUAAGUAAAACGGUGUUUAUGGUAAAAAUUUCGUAGGGUUUCGUACGAAAAGUGAAAAUUCUAGAUGCGCGUUAUUAAUACAGCUGAUUACUAUAGUUACUCUGUGUACUGUAUACUGCACACAGCAGAGUAACAUCGGGUUUUAAUGAAAUAGGUGAGAUAAUGUUUUGGAUUAACUUCACUUUUGAGUAGAGGAGACAAUGCAAAAACGAGCAAAUUGUGCGUAUUUCGUUAUAAAAUUAAUUUUCGUAAUUGAAAAUGCAGGGUACAGUUCUUCAUCGUGCAGUUGUUUUAGUCACAUAUUUUCAAAGGAUUGUUGGAACGCCGAGCAAGAACAUAAAUUACGCACGUUUUACACUUGCAUCAUAAAAAAACGUAAUCGAAAGUGAGAUAGAGAGAAAUGUAAAAAAAAGCAAAAAAGUAACAAAUAAAAAAAAUCCGCGAAGUCCGUUUAUGUGGACUUUCUAGCGGAAAUAAUCAUACACCAGUAUCCCCAGGAGCAGGGGAACAAAA